GAAGCAUAAAAAAAAUGUCCUGAAGCUGCCCUAGAAAGGAACACAGUGAAUAAGUCAGAUUACCUAAGUCAUCAGAGAAUCCACAUGACUGAGAAACCUUAUCAGUGCCUAGAGUGUGGCAAAAAUUUCUGUCGAAGUGCAGACCUCAUUAUUCACCAGAGAAUUCAUACAGGAGAAAAGCCAUACAAAUGCAGUGAUUGUGGGAAGAAGUUCAAUACAAAUUCACACUUGGUUAUACAUCGGAGAAUCCACACAGGAGAAAAACCUUACAAAUGUCCUGAGUGUGGGAAAAGCUUUUCUUAUAGCUCGGUGCUUGUUGGUCACCAGAGAGUCCACACAGGAGAAAAACCUUAUGUCUGUGCUGAAUGUGGGAAAACCUUCCGUAACAAUUCACACCUUAUUACACAUCACAGAGUCCACACAGGGGAGAAGCCGUAUGAGUGUCAUGAGUGUGGAAAAAGUUUCAGUGUGAGUUCAAACCUUAUUAAGCAUCGGAAACUCCACAAACGAGAUACGCAAUAUAUUUGUCCUGUCUGUGGGGAGUGCUUCAAUGGGAGCUCCUGCCUUGUUGAGCAUCAGAAAGGGCAUGCAGAAGAGAAACCAUAUAUAUGUCCUGUGUGUGGAAAAGGCUGCAGCCAGCAGGUCGGCUUGAUAGAACACAUGCAGACCCACACAGACGAGAAACCAUUUACUUGCUUGGAAUGUGGGAAAAACUUCCUGUUCAGUUCGGACCUGGUGUCCCAUCAGAGAGUCCACACAGGAGAGAAACCCUACAUCUGUCUGGAAUGUGGGAAAGGCUUCUCUCAGAGUUCACAACUGAUGUCUCACCGAAGAGUCCACACUGGAGAGAAGCCCUAUGAAUGCAUCAUCUGUGAGAAGAGUUUCAGAUCUAACUAUGACCUGGUCAACCACCAGAGAAGCCACACUGGAGAGAAGCCGUAUAUCUGCUCUGACUGUGGGAAAAGCUUCACCCGGAGCUCCCACCUGAUUUCCCACCAACGAGUUCACACUGGGGAAAGGCCCUAUCCUUGUGGCAUCUGUGGGAAGCGUUUCCGUGACUGCUCACACUUGAUCAGGCAUCAGAGGGUUCACACUGGUGAGAAACCUUAUGAAUGUUCCAUUUGUGGAAAAAGCUUCCGGGUCAAUUAUGACUUGGUUACCCAUCAGAGAAACCACACAGGAGAAAAGCCAUACGAAUGCCCCGACUGUGGGAAAGGCUUCAAGCGGAGCUCACAUCUCAUUUGCCAUCAGAGAGUUCACACAGGAGAAAAGCCCUAUCCUUGUGGCAUAUGCGGGAAGAGUUUUAGUUACAGCUCGGACCUUAUUAAACACCAGAGAAUCCACACAGGCGAGAAGCCUUAUGAAUGUCACAUCUGUGGCAAGAGCUUCCGUAUCAACGCUGACCUGGUCACUCACCAGAGAAUCCACACAGGAGAGAAGCCCUACACAUGCCCUGACUGUGGGAAGUGCUUUGCUCGGAGCUCACGCCUUGUAUCCCAUCAAAGGGUCCAUGUGAAGGAUGGAACCCUGGGAUUAACUCUGUCUGAAACAGACCCCUCACCUGUAGCAACAACCUGGUCACAAGCUCCUGAUGGCCACUGGGGCCAGAAAGAGGGGGUGGCCCCCUCCACUAAGCAGGGUAGUGAACCUGCUAAUUCUACUCGCUUGCUCUGUGAUGCAGCUACAUCUACCCAUUUGGCUGAAGUAAAAGUAAAAGUAGAGUGCCCUUGAUUACUAAAGCUUGGAAACUAGGAGGUGAAUGGACUGGGCCUGGUACCUAGUUAUGAAAUGCUGGCUUUCUGAGUCACAGCAGAACAGUAAUCGGAAUUGGGGAUCUGGUUGCCGCAUCAUUUAGGCACCGCUUUUUGAGCAAGGAGGAAGGUUGGAUAUGCCUUAAAUUGACCAAAUUGUGGAAUCCACAAGCUAUUUUUUGCAUUGUGCACAUCUGUGCAAGACCUGAAGGAGCAUAGCAACAAGGGUAUCCAGCCGUAUCUCCAUUGUAAACUAAUCUUGUGAUUUAUUUGAUUCUUGAUGCUUUCCCAAAAGAAUCCCUGGAAAUGUAGUUGUUAUGUGAGUGCAGAGGAAUUUUUGAUUAGGGUUUCCUAGAUUCUUCCUGGGGUUCUUUGUGGGAAAGUACACACAAAUUGGGAGCGUGGUCAUAAAGAAACAUGACAGGACAUGAGGGGGCUGAAAAGAGCAGCCGCCCUAUAUAGAUGUCCUGGGAAUGACCCAAGAAAAAAUAAUCAACUAGUUGUUGCUUGCAGUAGCCUUCAAAAUAAAUACUUUAAAUUUCACUCCCCACCCCCCCCCCAUCUUGGGUUAUUCCCAAGGGGUGGUUAUAAGUUGGUUUAUAUUGCAGUCUGUAAUAUAAACGUGGCCCCUCCAGGCUUUCUUUGUAAGCACAGAUAUCGUUUCACAGAAGCGAGACUUUGCUGUUUGUCGUCUUCUAGAGUUUCACCCGAAUUUGUGUGUGUUUAAUUGCUAUUGGUAGAGAAAAGUAUUAUAUCUGGAUAGUGUGGAGCUUUAAGUCACUGAUAAAAAUUAUUUAAUUUAAUUUAUAGUGCAUGGUCCUUUCCUGUACGGGUGCAGUGUCUGAGCAUGGAGAAAUCCACCGAAUGCUGUUUUUGUUUUGUUUUUCCUGAUCAUGUCCCUUUGAUGAGGUCAUAUCCUGUGCAGAAGACCACUAAGGGGAACACAAAACAUUUGCACCAAGUGUCAUAUCACUCUCUUUCCUGCUAUCUUAAGGGACACAGACUUUGGAAUUUGAUUUCCUUGACCAGGAAAGGGUAAGGCUAGCUUGUGACAUUUCAAAACUUCUCAUUUCUUGUGGAUCUGGAAUCGGUACCUGCACAAGCUUCAAUGGAUGGCUGCCAACAGAUGCUUGUUCCCAACAGGAAAAUAUCAUGUCUGUUCGUUUUGUGUUAUUUUUUUUCAAUAUGAAUUUUCUAAAUUGAAUUUCCAAGGAGUUCCAGCCCAAAUUAUGUUAAGAGGCUAGCAUGACAAGACCUUAUAGGACUGUCCUGAUAUAGUAAUCUUCCUUUGAUUCCUCCAUUCCUCAUGUGAAUUUACUAUAGUAUUUUUUUUUUGUCAUCCUUUUACCUCCGAGGUUCGACCACUGUUCUCCCGUGGAGAGGGGUGGGACAAUAGGCAAUACUGAAGACGUUACUAAGCUUAAAAAGUGAUGCCAGAAAACAUGCCAUCUCUGUCUCUUGCUCUAACUGGCAUUUAUCCCAUACCUUGACAGAGCAAUCUCAAGCGACGGAAUAGUCUUCCUGUCAUGCAUUCUAUGAUGGGGAUAACGCAGGGAGAUGAACAAGAAAACAAUGAGUUGUUACUUUCCCCCAAACUGUAAUCCAAUUUGAAUAAUUGUUUGUAAAUUUUUGGAACAUGCGGCCUGGCCCCGGGAGGGGGGGGGGGGCACCAACUUUGUCUUCCUGUUUAUAAGGAUUUGAUUUUGAAAAGCAGAACUGUGGAGACUGAUUUGUUGUCAAAUCUAGGAAGAGAGUUACAUACACUUUGUGUUGUCUGGGCUUCUCUGUACAGACAGCAGGUAGGGCAGAGUUCUGAAGGCAUGUGUCUUACCAUGGGGUCACUGCAGCAGGCUAUAAAAGUAAACCGCUGGUGAGGAAAGAGGACGGAGUUUCUGUCUACUGCUGAGUUCUUCCACCUUGCUGCCAUAAUCUGUCUCUGUGACUGUAGAAGUCACUGUGGAAGUCUGUUAAUUUUAACCUUUAGCUGAAGAUACAAGUAUAAUAGUGUGUGUGCGCAUGGGUGGGUGUGUUUUAAGUUAGUCCCUUUAUGUGUUCCAUCUGUGGUGGUAUGACCUGCACGAUCUCAGGUAGGAUUGUAGUCUUCCACUGUCCCAGCUCUGAAGUUCUCAGCUUCAAGAGUUUAGAGAGAAAAGGGUGUGUAAAAGCAUGCUUUUACAAAUUGAAAUCUUAUACAUUCUGAAGGGUUCUCCCGUUCCCCCGCAAUAUCUUUCUUGACAUCAGAUUAUGAGUCCAGGAUUGGUAUAUCUCUUUCUGUGGGUUUGUUUUUUAUUUCCUUUCCAAUUUCCUGUGGAUGUUGUAGGUUCUGUAUAGUAGGUAACCAUCUAGUAAUAAGAGUAAGAUAAAUACUAUGAUAUCAGUCACCUCUGUCAAAUUCGGACCUUCACCGUUAUUGGUGAUGGGCAAAUUCAGCACCUAAAAAUCAGAACCUGCUUGGUGUGUACAAGCUUUAUUGGGGGAAAAAAGCUUGCAAUAGUGUAUGUGCGUGGGUGGAGCCACAAGUGUGCACCUUAUCAUAUUGUCCUGUUUUACCUGUCCUGCACCCACUACACAACCCCAGCCCUAUGGGAGAGCCACCUAAAAAUUCAAUUAAACUUCUCCUGACCAAGGGAGAGGUUAGAUCUGGAUCAAGGAUCACAUAAGGGAGAGGUUAGAUCUGGGUCAAGGAUCACAUAAAACACUUGCAAGGAACCAUAAAGAUAUUUCUAACCUGAAUAGGCAAGCUCCUGACCCAACGAAAGGUUACUUGCCUGCAUUGUCUGGUGGAAUCCCCGAGAACUCCAAACAGAAAUGGCUCAACUUUCUUCAUGCACCUGCGAAGUAGCUUGUUUGGGGCAUCUAGAUGAAACACUGAUCGUGAUUACUGUUCUGAGCUGGAGGUACUUGCCUGUUCUUUGAUACAGCACAGCUGAAGAAAUGUACGUAUUAAAGCAUUUGGAGGGGCAUUGCGUCCUCGUACUGUGCAUAUGUGAAGUUCCCAUGCCGGACCAGAACUUCAGUCAUUCAGCUAUGCCAAAAAAGGGUCGGCUUUGAUUGGCCUGAAUGAAAAAAAAAACUUAGUUGCAGCUGAAUCUGAACGGCAGCAAAGAACACAAUAGAUUUAACUUAUAACCUGCCACCAUUUAAAAAAAAAUCACCAAAGGUUAGAGCAGUUUUUCGCAGCCAGGCAUCCUCCUCCUGUAACCCCGUGAGCGCAUCAUGUAUCAAGAAAGAAGAAUGCAGCAUUAAGUGCAGUUACAAGUCACAUGGGCAAAAUUAACUAGGGAAAUGUAAGAUGAGAGUUGAUCUGCUGGUUAAGGAGAGAAUGGGCAAAUGCCUUUUACUUUGUAAGCUUUGUUAGUCUAAUUAUGGUUCAGUGGUGGUAAAAAUCCUUAUCUGUUGAUUUCUUGCAGGUUUCAAAAUUAGGGCCGUUGCUAGCAGUUACUGAAACGUCCGUGUCCUUCACCAAGGAUAAGGCUUUCCCCCCUCCGUGUAAAAGAAUCUAAUUAGUGUUAGCUCGGUAGGAAUUGUACUUUCUCUUUAGCUUGGCCAACCCCAUUGAAAGGAGUUAGCGUUUCUCUUUAAUUUAACUGGCAGUGCAAUCCUAGGCAAUGUGACCAUCUUUUUAAAAUUUCAGUGGACACGCAAUGGUGUGACUUUGUUUAGGACUGCAUUGGAAGUUCCUGUAAUCCAGAGAAGUUACCUGAAAACUUCAAUUUUUAAUUUGUUGAGUUUUGUUAUAUUUAUAUUUACUGUUCUUUUCUCUGUACGCUUAUUAUUUCUUCACCUGUUAUCAUUGUAGACAUGGAAUUUUCCAAUUUUGAAUUUAUUGUAUUCCAGUUCCUUAUGAUAUUCAAUAAAAAAAAAUUGUUAAAA